AUGUUGGAUUUAAUAUUAAAUAGUUGUGCACUAUCAAUUGUUAAAGACUGUGGUAUGCGUCUCAAUCAAGUUCUGGUGUAUCUUGGAUUUGAAUUUCCACAGAAACAAGCAUUUGAGCAGGCAGUUGGAAAUAUUCCCUCACCUUCCCCUGUUCAUAUUUCCAAAUCGUUGCAAUCUAUUGAAGUAAUUUUGAUGCUGUUGACAGCAAUUCCUUUGAAACAGUUUGGAAGGGUUUUCAAUUAUGGAAGUUAA